AUGCCUGGUUGUGUGGAGCGGACGAACGCCCGGUUCCUGCGGGACGACUACGCCAUCCAGGUGGCCAUUAAUGACUACCUGGACAUCUACUGCCCGCACUACGAGGGCUACCGCGGCUGCUACGAGACCCCCGGCGCCUUCAAGCGCUGGGAGUGCAACCGGCCCCAGGCACCCUUUGGGCCCGUCCGCUUCUCGGAGAAGAUCCAGCGCUUCACCCCCUUCUCGCUCGGCUUCGAGUUCCAGCCGGGGGAGACCUACUACUACAUUUCUCCGGAGCCGGUGACGGAGGUUCCCAAUUCGCAGCCCCACGGGCGUGGGGGGCCGGAGGGUGAGUACAAGGCGGGCAGGUGGGCCAGGGGGCGGCCAGGGGCGCCCGGGGCCGGGGGCCGGCUCAGCCUGACCUCUGCUCUUGCCCUGGCAGACGCAGUGCCUGCCCGGGGCAUCGCAGCCCCGCUGCAGCCUCGCGCCCCGUGCCUGGCGCUGGUGCUCCUCACCCUGCUCUGGAUCUGA